AGCAGCGGAACUUCUCCCCCUCCAGCCUCCCCGUCUCCCCGCUCCUCGCCACUCCGUCCUCCCCUCCCGGACUGCCUCCGAGCCCCCGGACCCCCAGGACUCUCCUACCCAUCAGCCCCUUUGACUCUCCUGACAUCUCCAUCCGUCUGAGCAGGAUUCCCCUGUUUUCCCUGGAGGGUCAUCUUGGACCUGUUCAUCCAACGAAAGCUCUACAUCCACCACUGGCGAUCGGAAGAAAUUCAAGCAUUCAGCUAAACCAUCUGAAGAACUCAAGUCUGCUUCACUCAGGUAGAGGCCACGCCUCCACAGUCCUCUGGAAGGUGGACAGCACAAGGUCACAUGACCUGGACCAGAAACCCCAGGAGAGUUUUGGGACCCCUGAAUGGGCUGGCUAUCAACCUGGGGAGAAGUGUAAAAGCUGAUGAACUGAUCCGUCCGGAACCACAAGUGGAUUCUCCCCUCCUCCACCUUCAGCUCCCUGCCUCCAUAUAUGAGAAGCCUCAGCUGGGAUCAUCUCUGGUGACUGGCUGGCUGUAGCCCCAUCACACCCCUCCCCUUCCUGAGGACCACACACACCUGUCACACCUCCCAGUACGACCAGGAUGGAGCCCACCAAAGUCCAGUCAGAGGGUGGGCUCAAUGUCACCCUUACCAUCCGCCUCCUCAUGCAUGGCAAAGAGGUUGGAAGCAUUAUUGGCAAGAAGGGGGAAACCGUGAAGAAGAUGCGAGAGGAGAGUGGUGCACGAAUCAACAUCUCUGAGGGCAACUGCCCUGAGAGGAUCGUCACCAUCACAGGCCCAACAGACGCCAUCUUUAAGGCCUUUGCCAUGAUUGCCUACAAGUUUGAAGAGGAUAUAAUCAAUUCCAUGAGCAACAGCCCUGCCCCCAGCAAGCCCCCGGUGACCCUGCGCCUGGUGGUGCCAGCCAGCCAGUGUGGCUCCCUCAUCGGGAAGGGAGGCUCCAAGAUCAAGGAGAUGAGAGAGUCCACAGGUGCUCAGGUCCAGGUGGCAGGAGACAUGCUGCCCAACUCGACAGAGCGUGCAGUGACAAUCUCUGGCACCCCAGAAGCCAUCAUCCAGUGUGUCAAGCAAAUAUGUGUGGUCAUGUUGGAGUCCCCACCUAAAGGUGCCACAAUCCCCUACCGCCCCAAGCCUGCCUCCACCCCUGUCAUCUUUUCAGGUGGCCAGGCCUACACGAUUCAGGGACAGUAUGCCAUCCCACACCCAGAUCAGUUGACCAAGCUCCACCAGUUGGCUAUGCAGCAAACCCCCUUUACCCCUCUCGGACAGACCACCCCCGCUUUCCCUGGUCUGGACGCCAGUCCCCCAGCCAGCACUCAUGAACUCACCAUUCCCAAUGAUCUAAUAGGCUGCAUAAUCGGGCGCCAGGGAACCAAGAUCAACGAGAUCCGACAAAUGUCUGGGGCGCAGAUCAAAAUUGCUAACGCCAUGGAGGGUUCGUCUGAGCGCCAGAUCACCAUUACAGGAACCCCUGCCAACAUCAGCCUGGCCCAGUACCUCAUCAACGCCAGGUUCAGGGACGUGGCAGCUAUGUGGAACGACCCGUCAUCUAUGACCACCUCCUGAAGUCCCCAAAUCUGUUCCCUUUAUCAGAAGCCAACAGCGACAACUGUGUGCUAAUAAACCCCCACAUACUGUGUACUCCAACAGAACAUUUUUUGCCCCAUAGCUAAUGUCCUUAGUUAUUGGCCAUUAGACUUUAGUAGUAGCCUGAUUCUUAAAGAGGCUAUUGCUAAUGCAAAGCUAACAAAAGUGUGUUUUUACUUUUGGUUAAUGUGCAGUAGUUUAGUAUAGUAUUGAGGCAUGCUGAUUGGAUAUAGUAGUUUCCUUGUCAGGAAAGUAAGAAAAUGUAUAAAAAAUGGAAAAUCAAAAGAAGAAAAAAAAGUGCAAGCACUGUAAUUACAUUUGAUUCCUGCGAGCAAUGCUGUUGGAAAUAAGUGAUGUGAUGCUGUUUUGAAGGGAAAAUGCUGUCAUGUGUGAGAGCAAAAUUAAAAAGCCUGUUCUAAAAUGUUAGCAGGUUUAGGAGCGUAGCCAUUCUGAAGGUAAACAUUAAGUUGACAACUUCUGUCAGUGUGUUUACCAGUACUUGCUGAGUGCUUUUGAUUGGUUUCAAUCAAAAUCAAUUGCUAAAUCCAUAUGCAUGGCAAAAGUAUAGGAUAACAACAUCAGAAGACCUUGAAGAUAUAAAUCUGCAAAGCUUUCACUGUUGUAUAAAAGUGUCUAAGCUUAUCAGAACGUCUCUUUGUUUUCUAUCUCUUCCCUCCAUCCUUCCUCCCCCCUUCCCCAAACUGUUCUAGGCUGACAGAGUUCACUGGAAUGGACGCGCUCUAAUUUCUACCCAUCAUCCUUCACUUGAUCACAUGACCCUUGAGCCAAUGACAUUGCACUUAGAUAUUUAAUUUCUCUCUGUAUGUAGUUCUCCUACCUUUUAAGUGAUUCAGGUUUAUAUUUUCUUGUGAAGAUGUGUCUUUGUAAAUCUCACUGUUAUCCGGAUUCUUUCUAACUGUUCAUGACGCUACAACGUUAAAAGGACUCCUAUUCUGACACUCUGGUACUGUCCAUAGCAUCACUUGUAACCGACAUUGCCAUGCAUUUCAUUUGUAUACAUGUAUUUAUAUUAAUCGUGAAAAAAGUGAGUUAUUACAGGCACCUAAGAGCCAUUUCUUGAACAAAUUUGUUGAAUGUUUUUUCCCCAACCUGUAGUGUUAGGCUGUUGAAACACAUUUUUGGUGAAAGGUAGGUGAGAGUGUGUGUGUGUGUGUCAUGUUUGCUCUCCAGUGUGUCUGGCAGGCUGACUGACAUCUGGGAUAAGGCUUGUAAUCCAUCUGACAUCUAUGCAUUUUGGAUUCACUUUCAACGACUGUGGUGGAACUGGCAGAAAUUCACUGGAAAAGUUCAGUGGUUAAGGAAUGCUGAUUUUCGCUGCUGAGUCUUUCUGCCCCACAUAGACCCUUGUCAACAACCUUCCAGAAAUCAUCUGUUUGUAUCCAAAUAUGCGGGGGGGGG